AUGUGGUCCUCCCUCCCCUCAUAUCUUACUAUGUCAUUUGCAGCGUUGGAGACUCGCGUCUGGAGCUCAGCUGCAGGAUGCCUGUUCUUGCUCUGGUUCUCGUACAGCAUCGUUUACACGUUCUGGAUUUCCCCUCUGCGCCAUUUCCCCGGACCAAGGUUAUGGGCUCUUUCCAAAAUCCCCUUGAGUCUCUCCGUUUUGCGUGGUUAUAACCAUCUCGAUAUCCUGGCCCUGCAUGCGCGGUAUGGUCCAGCCAUUCGGAUUUCUCCAGAUGAGCUUGCCUUCAACACGACCCAUUCAUUUCAUGAUAUCUACGGACACAGACCUGGUGGCUGCUUUCAAAAAGACCGGUGCCAUUAUAUUCCGCCAGUAAAUGGCGUUGACCAUCUACUAUGUGCGGUCGAUGAUGCCAACUACACACGACAAAAGCGAUUGCUGGCACCUGCCUUUUCUGAUAAAGCUUUGAAAGACCAGGAAGGUCUAAUCCGAGGUUAUGUCGAUACGCUUAUUAACAAACUGCGGUUGCGUGUCAAGCACGGGGAUUCGCUGGUUGACAUCAAAACUUGGAUGAACUUUACCACUUUCGACAUUACGGGUGAUCUGAUGUUCGGCGAGUCUUUCGACUGUCUGAAGGAUAGCCAGCUUCACCCUUGGAUCCAGAUGAUUUUCAGCUCUUUGAAAGUCAUGGCCUUUAUUGGUGUUUUCAACCAGUUCCCUCUGAUCAGAGGAGCCUUGGACCUCUUGGUCCCUGCUGAGGCCAAGCAGAAGAGCCAAGAGCACUUUGAUCUGACUGCGCAAAAGGUUGAUCGCCGUUUGGAAACUAAUAUAGGUCGUCCAGAUUUCGUAUCGGCCAUUCUUCAGAAUGGACUUCGGGAUGACAUGGGUCAGGAUUGUGCGAAGAAGACAAUGACUAGAGCCGAAAUUCAUUCAAAUGGUUUUAUUCUCAUCAUAGCAGGUAGCGAGACCUCGGCAACCCUAUUGUCAGGUUGUCUCUUCUUCCUGUGUACCCACGCAAAGGCCAUGAACCGGCUCGUUUCUGAAAUUCGGACCGCCUUCAAGAAAGAUAGUCAGAUCACUUUCGGGGGCCAGUGUGGUUUAACUUAUCUAGAAGCUGUGAUCGAAGAGUCCCUGCGCAUGUAUCCACCCUUCGUGACUAACCUAGCACGGGUUGCACCUCAGCACGGAGCACUUGUCAACGGCCAAUUCGUGCCAGCGGGAACAAUCGUAUCGUGCCACCACUACGCCUCAUACCGUUCAGAGUCAAACUUCGCAUUCCCAAACCAGUUCAUGCCAGAGCGCUGGCUAGGAACAGACUCAGUCUUCGAAAACGACCAGAAAGACGUCCUGCAGCCAUUCAGUCUCGGUCCCAGGCAAUGUCUUGGGAAAACCCUCGCUUACUUCGAAAUCCGUCUGAUCCUCUGCAAACUGCUAUUCAACUUCGAUAUCACCCUCUCGCCAGUAUCUAUCAACUGGCCCGAUCAGAAAGUCUACCUCGUUUGGGAAAAGCCUGCUCUGAUGGUUAAGCUGACGGAUCGAUUUCCUGACAUUGAACCCUCGCCCCAGGAGCCUUUGACUAUGUUCUCCCAGUGA